UAUUAAUAUAUAUAUAUAUAUAUAUGUAUAUAUAUAUAUGUAUAUAUUUAUUCGCAAAUCAUCAUACGUAAAUAUGUGGAUUUUAGAAAUAUUAGAUAUUCAUUUCAUAAACUUGUAUUUGAAGAAUCAAGUUAAAGAAUUAGUCUACUGGUGGAGUCAUUACAUAAGAGAAAUUUCUUACCAAUUGCUAAUAGCUUUUCUUGCCUAUAUUUGCGUUUGUAUAUUUUUCUAUGUAAUCUUAAAAAGAGUUAAUCAUGCUGCAUGGCAACUACCUGGCCCUCCUCAUAGAAUAUUAUUGGUUACCGCGCAUCCCGAUGAUGAAGUUAUGUUUUUUGGACCUAUAAUAUAUUGGGUCACUCGAUCAAAGAUCAGCAAUUUAUAUCUACUGUGUUUCUCCUCUGGAGGAGAUAAACAAAGAAAAAAAGAAUUAUGGAACUGUGCAAAAUUACUCGGUAUACCUGAAGCAAAUGUAACUAUUAUAAUGAGCAGCGAAUUACCAGACAGUCAAUUUAUACAAUGGCCAGUCGAUGUUUUAGCUGAAAGUAUAUUACAUUAUAUAGAGAGCUAUAAAAUAAAUGCUGUUAUUACUUUUGAUAAACAUGGUGUAAGCAAGCAUAAAAAUCAUAUUUCUCUCUAUUUUGCAAUUGCUGCAUUAUGUAUUGAAAAAAAAGUGCCAUCCUAUUGCAAGUUAUAUGUGUUGGAAUCUGUGAACAUUAUUAGAAAAUAUGUACAACUCUUAGAUUUACCAAUCAGUUUACUUUCUGCAUCUUACUGGUAUUUACUUACAUAUGAGCAGAGAAAAAGUAUAACUAGCGCCAUGAAAGCACACCAGUCUCAAUAUGUUUGGUUCAGAAAGCUAUAUAUGAUUUUUUCACGAUAUACAUUCAUUAAUACACUUCAAGAAGUCAAUGCGCUAGAUCUUGAAUUGGAUUUUCAGUUUGACGAUGAAUACAUCCAAUCUAACUAAACCUGUACAAAAUGAAAGUAAUUAUAAUCGUAAAUAAAAAAAUAAAUUUGUUUAUACCAAUGGUCAUUCGAAAAAUAUAAUUAUCAAAUAUU